AUGGCGGAUUCUUGUCGACCCGUUAGUCGUCAUGGAAGAUAUCAUGCUCCAGGCCGCAAUAUCAAUACAAGUAGUCGAUACACAGAUGAUAUUCCGAGCUAUUCUACCAUCGAUUAUGUUGAUCAAGAAGAUGUGUAUCAGCUGAAGCAGCAAGCUGUUGCGAUGGAUAUAGACUCCAUGGAGAGGCCAAAAACAAGCAGUGGAAGAAGAAAUCGUCCCAAGUCUAGGAUGGGCCGAACUAUGGUGGCGGAAACAAGCUUUGAACCUCCAGACAACGAAGACACUGGACGACCAGCGUCACGCAGGGGCUAUACACCAGAAACGUAUAAAAGACAUGAUUAUGAUGAAUACUCCCGCCAAACACUGACUCUCGACAGUCAGAUCAGUUCUGAUGACAGCAGUGAUUUGAGUCCCACGAUGUCACCAGCUGGUCGUCAGGGAUCUCCAGUCCAAAUGCAACCAAGCCCUACAGGUCAACAUAGAUCACAUAACAGUCCAUUUGGAGAAAGGAUGCGUAUGUCACCAGCCAAUAGACAGCAGAAAUUAUCUGGCUAUCAAAGUCCUGUCUUGACUCCUAGUCCACAGCAACGCCCCUCAUCUGCAAAUAGAUAUCACACCUCUCCAUCGGAAAAUUUCAACAGAAAUUCACCAAUGGAUAAAUUUGAUCGAUCUUCAGGUGAUAAUUCUUAUUUACAACAAAGACAUAAAAUUUCAAGUUCAAAGCGUCCUUCUUUUUCUCGAAAUUCAAAUCGGCAGGAACAGCCUCACUAUGGAAAUGAAGGUUAUGUGGAGGAUCGCUCUCCUUACUCUCACGAAAGGCCACCCUCACCAUCUGCAAAUCAUCCCUCAUCUAGACACGAUUAUGAUGGAUAUUAUAUUAACCAAGACACAGGUUAUGAUGGAAAUCAGGGAAGUGAAUCAUAUGAGAGAUAUGAACAGCCAGAACAGGAAAACAUAUACCAACAAGAGAACAAAAAACAACGCUACUCCGCACGAACAAAAUCGGGGAAAAAACGUAGACCACCUGGAAGUGCAAGAAAGAAACAGAACAUACUCAACACUGAACCAGAAUCUGUAAUUGAAAACUUGCCAACUCCUGCCACCAUGAGACCUACUUCUUCUCUGACACGUUACAAACUUCUACCAGCGAUUGGUACACCACAGGCCCCUCGUCGUGAUGAAAUAUCACUGGACGCACUUUCUUUCAAAACAGAGAGACUAGAGUUAAGUAAUGAUGACAACCAUUUACUGGGAGGAGAACCACCAACUGGGAGUUGUACAACUGAACAUCCUCACUCUCGACCACUUUACAGGUCUGAAAGUGACUAUUCCGAGGAACGUAAGUCGAAAGAUGUAUCAGUUUCAUCAGACGAACCGGAUGGUAGAUUAUUACAAGAUUAUCAGGGAUCUGAGGAAGUUAGUAGUAACCAUGGUUACCAGGUUCCAACGGAGAGCUCCAAUUUCUUACCUCAUAAAUUACCUGCAGAGCCAUCAGUGGGAGACACACGAAUUCUUCUGGCUGUGCGUUUGCUUGAUGGAUCUCGUAAACAACGGUAUUUCAGAGUCACGGACAAGCUUGAUGUGGUCUUACAGUUCGCUGAGAACUGUGUAAACUGUGAUUUGUCAUUGUAUGACUUGGUUAGAAAUAUGCCCCGAGUUGUGUACACUGACUUAAGUGUGCUGGUAGGAGAGGCAGAGUUAGAAGACAGAACAGUGUUAUACCUCGAAGAGAAAGAUUCCUAGUAUGUCUGUGACUCCAUAACACAAAUCUGUGUCUGUGAUGUUAGGGUGCUUUGUAGUCAUGUAAACAUUGUACUUAGUCAUUGUGUAGGAUGCCUAUUAAUCGCCUUUAAAGAAAAAAAGGCUUACUCAUAUACAUAUACAGGGGUGCUUAAUGCCGUUCAUAUUAGUUGAUAGUGCAACAUACCAUGUACAAAGGUAGCACAUUGUUAUGUAUAGCAAACUCACCAACUGUGAUCUCAUUACCUAAUAGUGAAGGAAGAAGUAGGAAGGCUAACAUGUGGUAAAGAAUUGCUGCAAUAGUGAUACUACCUGUGGGCCGAAAUGUUAUUUUACAUGAAAAGAUGCUUAAAAUUACAAAUAUUUUUAUAGUACAUUAGGGAUGAAACGAUUCAUUGCUAUACAGUUUUUGCCUUUCGAUUCAAUUUUAGAAUUUUCUUUGUUGUUUCA